AUGGUGAAGGGUUCAUCGAGAAUGGACAAAAAGAACACUGGUGAUGCUAGAAAUAGCAAAGGCACUGUUACGAUGAUUAUACUGCAACAUUUCAUGAAAAAGGAAGCAGAGCUGAAGGAGCUGAAGAAACAGCUAGAGGCUACAAAACUCCGAGGUGAGGAGCUGAAGGCCCGGGAGAAGAAUUUUGAUCCAAAACUGGUGCCCAUUAUGACUGGCGAUUUUGAGGGAAAAGGAUUGGAGGAGUUGGAAAAAUACCGUGACAUGUUAGUUGAAAUGAAGUCCAUGAUUGAUGACCAACUCAACUAA